CCUAUUUCGUUGCAAGAUCAUUGCUGCUUGGGACUGCUUGAAGGACCGCAGAGCGGGCGAAGGAUGCAAGUUUGUCCGAUGUAAUCCUUUUUCGGACCUCGGCGGUCAUGAUCGUGCGUGACCCUCUUUUGUGUGGUGUGGAUUUGCUGAAGUUUUGGGGUUUUGGAACAAUGUUCAAUAUUUGCAGAUGGCGUGCAAAAUUUCUGAGCAAUUUAAUUAUGGACAAGGUUGCUAUGUGCACACACACACAACCACUCCCCGGGAAUGUCUCGAUUGCCUGUGUUUGGCUCACUAGAUCGACUGGCCGACCGACUUCCUGUAGGCUCUCGGGGGCAACUCUCCACUGCAACUGCUCACACAACCACAUCAAAUCACAGUAACCUUUGCGUGACGGCGGAAUUGUUCCUUCUCGUCUUCGAAAUGUCAUCCGACAGUUUAGUUCGUCCCGGUCUGACGACGCCCUUUACCGGCAGCCUGCCCGAGAUCAAGCUGCGCCUGCGCAAGAAAGUGCCGAAGCUGACCGCGAACGAUGUCCGGCGGGCCCGCAUUCCGUACUACGAAGCGAUCGCCAGCGAGCUGUACGAGGCCGGGUACGUGCAUGCCGCCUUCCUGCUGCUGCAUCUGAUCGAGUACGAGGACGGGUACGUUGGGCGGACGUCUUACGCGGCGGUCGAGAGCCGUCGGCUACGAAACGAUGAACAGCUGCUCAACUAUUUGGGCGAUGCGCUGGCGGCGGCAGAGGGCUGGAAGACCCGGCAGCAGUACGAGCGGGAGGUGGCCGAGCUGCUCGCCAUUGCGCGCCAUUUCGGACCGGAUCCGGAGAAGCGAUGGCUGGUGGGGCAAUUUUUUCGCAUCGCACUCGAUCGCUGUGCGGAUUGUAGCCCGCGGGAGCGUGUCAGGGCGCAAUCGAUGGUUAGAUAUUACUAUGGGAAGUUUUUAAUCGACCAGAGACAGCACCUGGAAGCGAUGAAGCUGUUGGAGCAGGCGGAUGGCGAUCUGGAACACGCUUGUCCGGGAGUCCGGGACGGUUGGAGCACGCUGGAGGAGGAUGGCGAACCGCUGUCGAUCGCCAUUAACACGUUGCUGUUUGUGAGUAAUCGCAGCCUGGCGGAGGAGAUGGCGAACUCGCCCACGUGGAUGGUGGAGCAGUACGUAAGGGACGCUCACAAGGCAGCUCUGAAAACUCGGAAAGCAUCCAUCAUGGCCCAGUCCUACCAAGCGUACGGUGAGUUCCUGUGCGCAAAAGGAUGCCUCGAGGAGUCGCUGGAGAUGUACAGGAACGCACUGCAGCAGGCAGAGCUGGACGGUGAGCUGCCAGAUUUGGCCGUCUCCGUCGCUCUAGCGCAGGCAAAAUCGUACCAUCUACUCGGUCAAACGGUAAAGCGUGAAGCAAUGCUGGCCCGUGUCGAUCGUAUGACAAAGCCCACCAAGAACUCGCUAAGCCGUGGCCAUUAUCUUCUCACUGCCGCGACCCUGCAGCAGCAAGACGCCAAGGAAGAUCCGCUCAAAAUGACCGCACUGCUGCAGAGCCUCCAGCAGGCGGCAUCGGUGUUCGAGCAGUUUCGCCAGCGUGACAAAUCACUCGAGGCACGCUGUCUCGAGGGACUGCUGCGCGCGGAACCGCUGUUUACAGAGUAUGCCACGCUGGUCCCGGCCGCCAUUAGCACUUCCGAUGAGGCACUUUACCGCGUGAUUGAUCAGGUCGGCUUCUGAGACGGAUUUUGGGGAACCUCGGGGGUGACUUCCCACUGCUAUUAAAGAGAGGUUUAGGCGGUUGUUUCCAUUCGAGAACUGCUUCUUUUAUGAUCCAGAAGGGGAAUGGUGUGGUGUGUAGUAAAAUUCCCGUCCACGGCAAUUAAUUAAUCAAACAAGAUCAACACCUGGUCUAGGUGUGGGGAGCGUUUUUGCGCCGUUUUCGACAGCCACGUUUGGUGAAAUGUAGAAAUGGUACGGGUUUUAGAGUGUUUUUUCUCUCUUUCGUCGCUUUCGAUCGCUCUUU